AUGCUCUCGCGCAAGAUAAUCCCGGGCUUUCAGAAGUCAGGGACAUCGUCGGUUGGGAGACACUGCAUAGGAAGAGCUUCACCUCUCCAACUCCGACUUGCUCAUGCAAAAUAUGCUACACAAGUUCGAUACACGAGUCACCAAUCUUGUCAACAGGGCGGAUUCAACGCUCUUUCGUGGCAACAUACUGGACGCGGGAAGUACGAGCGCGAACUCGACGGAUGUGAAAUCGCCCUCAAAAUGCUCACUACCCGGGGCUAUGCCGGCAAAAGACACGGCGAUAUAUCCAUCGAAGUGCAGUUUGAGACCUACCUUAGCAAAGGCGCUCUCAUCGCGCACGCCAAGAAGGCUUGGACGCGACUGCGCAGCCAAUACCCCAAUGUGGCGGCAUCUACGGAGGGCAAUAAACUGGUGUACUGGACUCCCGACAAGGAAGGUCUGGAGAUAGAAACUUGGUUGCGAGAGACUUUUCAUGUCAUUGACGACAACCAGUUUGGCAUCAGGGAAGUGUUGAAUUCCUGCUGGGGCACAGAGAAACCGUGCAUGUUUCUGCUGCCUGCUUUGAGCACAUUCUUGAUCUAUUCCCCCCACCAUUACGGAGACGGAAUGGGCCUGGAGGUUUUGGCGGAUGGACUUCUAACGGGCGUGGCAUGGGAUGUCGCACAUCCAGAGAGCAAAGUGCACUGGGGCGACGAGGUGCGUAACCUGGCUCCAGGGCUAAGCAGUGCCAGGCCAUUAGGGGUAGCGCCUGUAGAGUCGCAGGCCAAGUCCAGCUCAGCGAUGGCGGCAGCAUGGAACACUCCAAAUGCCCUAUCACCACGAAGCACACGCAAGAUCGGCCAGCUGGGACGAACAAAUUGGUACGAUAUCAACUUCAGCCGCGCAGAGAGCGACCGGAUAUUUACUGCUGCCAGAGCCAACAACUUCUCUGUCACUCACGUUGUGCACGCAGCGCUGAUCAACGCCACCGCCGCACAGUAUCAGACCAGCAGCAGAGACAAGGAGUAUCUAUCCCUCAUAGCAGCCAUGCAGGGGAAUAGAGACCUCGGAAAGCCGGAGUACGCCAUGCGGUUUGAUAUGUGGAUUAUGAAAACUCGGCCCGGGUCAUUUCUAUCCACUGCAAAAUCGCUCAGAGAGGAAUACCGGACUUUCGCAAAUGAUAAAUUCCUCGCUCGAUUGGCAUGGACUAACAUCGCCAAAUAUCUCAAUAAUACAUCUGCUCUGCCGCCACCGCUGAUACACGUUGUGACUAGCGUGGGCCGUCUUGAUCAAACUGUGAAGCCCAAUUACGGCCCCAUGAGGGUGAAGGACGUCAACUUUUCCGUCCAGGAUCAAAGUGCAGGGACCUUUAACGUUAUACGGACUUUUCUGGGACGGCUGGGGGUGCGGGUUUUCUAUAACGAGGGGUUUCACCAGUUGAUCAAUAUUAUGGAUUAUGCGAAUGGGGUAAGGCAGGAACUUGAUGAUUAUUGCAAAAUGCACUGCUCGCCUGAUUCUGUAGCAAGAGAGUAA